GUAGGUGGUGACGUUGCAGGGGCUCAGUCAGUCAGUCAGUCUGAGCAGCGGCGUUAUUUCAACCGCUGCUUCCCUCCCAUCAUUUGAGGAAAAGGGGAGGCUUCGCUGCCGUCUUCUGCACUUCAGGGUCGUGUUCCGUUGGACCAGACACAGAGGGGCCUUGCUACCGUUAUUCUGACAGGAAAAUCCUCCACAGCAGCCCUACUCUCUUUCCGCCGCUGUUUCCACCCCCCGUUAUUUCAAUGGACGUAACGUUACCUCAUAAUGACCGCAGACGCGCGACGUAGAAUGUGACCGUUAAAGUUCUUUUUUUCUUUCUUUUUUUAUUCUUCGUUCCCGCCUCUCGCUGCUGUUUAUCUCAGUGGCGAAAUUAACAGGCAUUCGGUUUUUAACUGAAGAAGAAGCGAAAGUAACGUUAGCGGUUUCAAUGAUAGUAUACCACAGACAAUUCAUGGGAAAUAAAGCCUGAUGUGUACAGCGCCAGACAACAAUAGCUCCUGGCAGAUGGAAGGAGGGGCUCGGCUUCGCGAAUUCAAGAUGGAAAACGAAGAAAUGAGACUAAGUUCUUGCGAGUAGCUGGAGGGUCUUGUCUUCUGGUUUUUUGGUAGUGCUGGAGGGAAUGAUGGCGCGUGGUGUGGGUCGACAGACGGCGCGCGCAUCUUUCCUCUCUGUCACAGAGUGAGAUCACAGAGACAUCAGUCUGAGAAAGCAGUCGUCCUUCAGAAGGGAACUGCCCCGAAGCAUGACCGUCUGUCACUGGGGAGUGUCAGAGAAACGCAUUCCUGCAUCUCAAGUUAGUCAUCUCCCUCGUAGGCCCACCUGCGGCCCUGAACACACCCAUCUGCCAGCUCAGAUAACCCUCAGGCUGUUUGCAACACAUGCUUGAUGUGAUUGGUUGUGACCGCCGCGCUUUGCUAAGCAGCCCCGCUCUACAUCAUGCAGUGGCGUCGGCGACACUGCUGCCCCAUCAAGAUGACCUGGAAUGUCAAGCGGUCGCUCUUCCGCACACAUGUAGCAGGCCUUCUCUCGCUGGCCUCACUCUUCGCCCUCUUUCUCAUCUACUGCCACCAGGAUUUGCUGCAGGGUCGGAGUUGGUUGCGAGACAACCCCUUGGUUUAUACCAUGCGGGGUUUGCGCCCCCACAAAGAACGUGCGAAGGGAAACCAAAGCUCACUGCGAAGCCUCUGGAAAGACAAUGGUUAUGUGCUCCCCAAACCGUCUGUUUACUUCAAUUUUAGUUCUCACCAGGCUGAAAUCACUGCGCGCGGGAUUGUGGGAUUGGAGAUCUCGCCGAGUGGCAACAAUUCGAGCACUAACGGUAACACCAAGAGCUUGCACAGGGAAAUGGGAGUGGGAGGGCGUCUGGCAGCCCAGCCUUAUCACUGGCUGCUUAAUGAGCCCUACAAGUGCAACGAAAGCAGUCCCUUCCUGGUUUUGCUAAUUGCUGCAGCGCCAAGGCAGUUGGAGGCAAGGAACGCCAUCAGACAGACCUGGGGCAAUGAGAGCAUGGCCAUGGGUUAUGGGUUCGUGCGGCUCUUUCUGUUGGGAAGGAUACCUAAUGCGUAUCCUCAGAGCUCCAUUGAGGAGGAGAGCUUGCAGUACCAUGACAUCAUCCAGCAGGACUUCUUGGACACCUAUUACAACCUUACCAUCAAGACGCUAAUGGGCAUGAGCUGGGUUGCUCGCUAUUGCCCGCACACCCGCUAUGUCAUGAAGACGGACAGUGACAUGUUUGUCAACACAGAAUAUCUCAUCCAAAAGCUGCUGAAGCCAAACAUGGCACCUCGACAGAAUUACUUCACGGGCUACCUAAUGAGAGGCUACGCUCCGAACCGCAACAAGGACAGUAAGUGGUACAUGCCACCAGAGCUGUAUUCCAGCGAGAGAUACCCUAUCUUUUGUUCUGGGACGGGCUAUGUGUUCUCGGGGGACAUGGCGGAGAAAAUCUACAACGCCUCGUUGAGCAUUCGCCGCCUUCACCUCGAGGAUGUGUAUGUGGGAAUCUGCCUGGCCAAACUGCGGAUCGACCCAGUGCCACCACCAAAUGAGUUUCUCUUCAACCACUGGAGAGUGUCGUAUUCCAGCUGCAAAUACAGUCACUUGAUCACCUCUCACCAGUUCCAGCCCAACGAACUCAUUAAAUACUGGAGUCACUUGCAAAGCAACAAGCACAAUCCUUGCCUUAACAUGGCGAAGGAUAAGAGCGGGCGGCCGCGCCAUAGGAAAUUGCAGUGGGAAGGUCUUCGGUGAUUAGCCAGGGCUCAGGGUACAGUAGUAUUAUCACAGCAUGUGCAAAAUUCAGCAGUUUUUGAGGUAGGGAACAGCACAAGUGUUUUUUUGGUAUUGUUGAUUAAAACUAUUUUUUUAAUUUCAGAGAGAUAUGUAUUGUAAACCUGUCUUUUUAAAGGGAAGUGACACGUGCAAUAUCUAGCAUGCACAACAAAAACCAUCCAAUGGCGUUACCCCGCCAUUUUCAGGUGCCAAUUAACCGGGACAUAUUAAGAGGUUGCUGAACUUCCUCUACAAGCUAACGUUCAAGUGAUAUAACUAAGGGCCAAUAUUGAGAUCCUCACUGUUUCUGUAUACAAAAGAAGAAGAAACUCAAGAAUAUCAUAUGGUGGUGUAUCUGUACUGUGAAACAUUUUAUUCUCAAUGAUGUCCACCUCUGACAUUGAGAUGAUGUUGAUUUUUCUAUCUACCUAAAACCUGCAAAUGGUUUACUAUAACCAAACCAAAUUAAAAACAGUAUGUGUAAAAGAUAA